GCCGUUUUCACUUUUCACCGAGUGUAAUCAACCGUGGGACUCAAAAUGAAGAAGCAGUUCAAUCGGAUGAAACAACUGGCCAACCAAACAGUUGGAAGGGCUGAGAAAACAGAAGUCCUGAGCGAUGACAUUUUACAGAUCGAGCGGCGCAUGGAAACGGUGCGUGUGGUGUCGCACAACAUGCACAAGAGGAUGGUCUCGUGUUUACAGGGUCACUAUGGCACAGAUGGAGAGAAGAGACACAAAAAGCUGCCGCUCUUCGCUCUGUCCCAGUCCAUGCUGGACGGGGGAGGUCAGCUCGGGGAAGAGUCCCUCAUAGGGAAAAUGUUGGAGAUCUGCGGAGAUGCCGAGAACGGGUUAGCUUCAGAGCUAAUGCAACACGAGGUCCAGAUUGAGAAGGACAUUUUAGACCCCCUCAAUCAGUUAGCAGAGGUGGAUAUUCCCAACAUCCUGAAGCAGAGGAAGCAGUUGGCCAAGCUGGUAUUGGACUACGACUCAGCUAAAGCUAGGUGGUUGCAGGCAACCAAGUCGAUUAUCUCAGGAACCAACACUCAAGCUCUUACGGCCAAGGCUGACUCCCUCAAGGAGGAGGUGGACGAAGCUAUGAACAAAGUGGAGAUGUGCAAGGACCAGCUGGCUGCGGACAUGUACAACUUCUCCUCAAAAGAAGGGGACUAUGCCCGAUAUUACGUACUGCUGUUAGAAGCACAAGCGGAUUACCACCGUAGAUCACUCACUGUGCUGGAGAGCUUCCUGCCAACCAUCCAGGCACAGCAAGACACCUGGACGGAGAAGCCAGCGUUUGGAACGGGGCUGGACGAGCACUUAAAGAGGAGCAAUCGAGAAAUAGCUCUCCCCAUGGAGGCCUGCGUCAUGAUGCUGCUGGAGACCGGGAUGAAGGAGGAGGGUCUGUUCCGGAUCGCGGCGGGAGCCUCCAAGUUGAAGAAGCUGAAGGCGGCUCUGGACUGCUCCACUUCACAGCUGGAGGAGUUCUACUCCGAUCCUCAUGCUGUUGCAGGCGCUCUUAAGUCCUACCUGAGGGAGCUGCCGGAGCCUUUAAUGACGUAUCAGCUGUAUGAUGAGUGGAUCCAGGCGUCUAGUGUCUCCGAUCCGGACAAAAGACUGCAAGCGCUAUGGGUGGUGUGCGAUCAAUUACCAAAGAACAAUAAAGCUAACUUUCGAUACCUGGUCAAGUUUCUCACCAAGCUGGCUCAAGACAGCGAGACCAACAAGAUGACCCCAAGCAACAUCGCCAUUGUUCUGGGACCCAAUUUACUCUGGUCCAAAAAUGAAGGGACACUGGCAGAGAUGGCGGCGGCCACUUCGGUCCAUGUGGUGACCAUCAUUGAACCCAUCAUCCAGCACGCUGACUGGUUCUUCCCCGAGGACGUGGACUUCAACGUGUCUGGGAUGUUUACAAUGCCGACUCCCGUCUCCAACCACGUGAAUCACCUGACCACGCCGGACUACGACUGCGGCACCAUAGAGAGGAAGAGGCCGGGCAGCAUGGUGAUGGGACCAGAUUGUGAAAUUCCUCGAAGAGACAGCACUGCUAACAAAUUGCUGGACCACAUUCCGCGUAGAGGUGGCGGUACGCUCACUAGAAAGCAGCACGCUUCGCCCGCCUUCCAGCCCCCCCUGCCUCCGGUGGAGGGCGCGUUGGGGGCCGCUGGGGCGGCUGGAUUGGCAGUGGCAGGGCCUGGGCCAGGGGCAGUACCAGGGCAGUCACCCGCUGGUGCUGUCCCAACAGAGCCCCAGCUCCAGCCCCAGCUCCAGCCCCAGCAGCUGUUCUUUGGUGGUGGUGGUGUUGGUGGGGGCGCUGGGUGCCCAGGGGGCCCAGGUGCAGUGCCCAUGCCAGGGCUGGUGGCGGCUGGGCCGCAGCAGGGCUUGGAGAUGUGCCAGCCUAGCUUGGCGCUGGGGAUAGCCGCCCUGGCGGCCGCACAGCAGCUUUUAGUCCAGCCCUGUGACGAGAGCAGCAGCUCCAGAUCUAGAGACUCUGCGUCCACUCCCCCGCCCCAAAGAAACGGCUCUGCAGGAUCAGGGCAGCUGAACACGGGAACCCCGGGAGGAGGAGGACCCAGUCCACACAUGACGCGCAGAGGCACCAAAAAGCCAGCCCCUGCACCUCCAAAGCCAGUCAUCCCCCCUCCAGGCCAGCCGAGUCCCCAGACGGGUCCCCACAACACCUCCCUGGGCACCCCUCAGUCCCUUCCUCACACGCCCAGACCCCUGUCCAGCCACUCCCCCACCGCACAGACACCCACUCUCACGGUGACCCAGCCGGGAGGCAGCACCCCUCGCCGCCACUCCAGCAACCAGCCCCCCAUCCAGGCGCCCAACCACCCGCCUCCACAGCCGCCGCCUAUGCAGGGGGGCGGCACCCCUCCGCCCUCAGCUGACUCGUCUCCUCCCAGCACCCCGACACCGCCCAACACGCCCCCACCCACCUCCUCCACCACCCCGUCCGCGACGACCCCCCAGGACUACGGCACCCCUGCUGCUGGGAUGCCCGUGUUUCCACACUACUCGACGGGAUCUCUGCCCCGGCCGCGGCCCGUGCCUAAACCACGGAACCGGCCCAACAUCCCUCCGCCGCCUCAGCCGCCGGGGUCUUCGGGGGCCGCCACGGACACCAACGGCAUCUGUGGCUCUGCGUACAAGAUGAUGGACGCGGGGAUGGCGUUUAAGGGGGUGCACCGGGCGUACGUUCCCGAGCUGGCCAUCGUGGAGCCCCAGCCUCAGCUGCAGCCUCCAGUCUGCCAGCUGAAAGACGCCGACCUCGACUCUGAGAGCACCGUCCUCUGAGAGUGACCGGUCCAGGGCUGGGCUCCACUAGACGAGGGCCACGCUGAACACUAUCCACUCUCCACUACCCCUUUAUUAUCGCUCUCGUUCGCUGGGUCCCCCAACACAGCAUAGUUGAGUAACCGCACACAUUGGACUACACACUACUCUCACUGUAUCCCCCUGCACUACAAUCCAACCCAGCCCUAGCGUUGCGUACCCCCUGAUUUCUUUCUCUGCAUCUCCCGACACAGCAUAGUUGGGUAACUCCCCUCCCACAGGACUUCACAGUACUCUCCCACUUACAAACCCAGUCCUGGCCCCUCUUCUCCUUCUCCAUCUGCCCCAACUCACUGCUGCUGGACCUUACCCACUGCCCCGCCCCCAGGACAGCAACUCAUCCACCCCCUCAACAGCCCUAUCUCCACCCUAUCUCCAGCCCUCCACGGCACCCAUAUCCAAAACCCCCACGGUUCGGUAAGCCACUGCUGCUCUCUCCAACUCUUUUAGUUACCAAAGUGUAUACCAACCUGUUCCUGCCUUCAGUUGCCCCGCCUGGCCCGCCGCUGCUCUCCUCCUCUCAAGUGCCCAAGGUCUUUGUUUUUGGACAAACCCAAAAGCUCCACACACACCCCCCCCAAGCUCUGGUGAAGACUGUGACCAAGAAGCCUUGAGCGCUAGAGCAGCAUUGAUGAUUCACAUGGAUGUUCAUCAAAGCAAAGAUGACCUUAAAUGUCAAUGAGAUUAAGACUGGGAUUUCCAUACAAGUUGGAGAAGGAAAAAAAAGCUAGGUGGUGGGGUGACUCGGGGGUUCUUCGUAGACAACAAUAUUGGUUUGAGGUAUGAACGUGUGUGUGUUUUGUGAUGUGUGGGGGUUGAAUGUGUGAGACCGUGCGAAAUUUCGCACACAUUUGUGAUUGAAGUGCCCUUUGCUGACAUGAGAUGACGAAAAGAGGAAAGGGUUUUUUUUGGCAGAACUUUUUUAUAGGAAGAGGAAGUUUUGAUCGAAACCCAAAGGUGCCGCUUUAGUCAAGAAAGAAACAAAACAAAAGUGUAGCCUAGCUGGUGACUGCAGGUUUCCAGUCAGUCCAUUCAUAGACUUAAACUGACCCUUUUUUUACUGCUUUUGUAUGAGAACUGUCUCCUAUUUGCUCUAUUUAUUACCUUACCCAUCAACACAUUCCUGUGGUGAAAGGUUUUCUUGUCGUAUUUUUUUUCUUAUUUUUUUCUUUUAAAGAAACCGUAUCAGUGCCUCCUUGUGUAUUCAUUAGGGGCGUGUUCUGUCAGUGGCUAUGAGGAGUAUGAGGUGUCUACAGUAGAUGCUGCUGACUUUUGGUACCCUGGACCCCGUUUCUCGACAGUGUCAUUGCUAACCAGUUAGCAACUUAGUAAGUUGCCAAUGAGAAAUUGCAUUGCCACCAAGUAAGUAGCUAACUUAGUUAGCAAUGACGCUGUCAAGAAACGCACCCCUGUUUCCUUGACUGCACCAUACAAGGUCCUUCGAAGUGUUGGCCGAUCUCCAUUGAUCACCCAUACAUGAACACCUUGGAUAUUCCAUGGAAGUUGUAUGUAAUACGCAUGGAAUGGGGGGAAAAAGGCUCCAACUGUACACCGCGAUGAUGAUGAUGAUCUGUUUUCCCACUUUUCGUCUCACCUGUUUUAAAUGUAUUGAUGAGGCAUUACUGUGGGUUGGUCAAGUGAAAACUGAAUUUGUGGUGACGUCCCCAUUUUGCUCCUCCUUGCUUUGUCCCAAGUGCAACAACUCUACAAAAUGCAUUCAUUUGCACUUUCCGCAAAGGCCCCCUCGUCACAGAGUGUGAGGUGGCUUUUAAUGUCCCCGCGUGAAAACCACCCAACGUAUUGCCCAGAAACACUGCUAGGAAGAGCUGGUGGUGACAUGGUACUUGGGGAAGGUUGUACGCCACACAACUGUCAUUUGUUACAUUCAUUCAUUCAUUCAUUCAGUGCUUUAGUCGUCGUCUCGUGUACAAGGCCAUGUGCUAGUCUGUAAACUAUGGUACCUCUUUCAGUGAUGGAAUUCAUGUGCGAAAAGUCGGUUACACCUGACUUUGUCAAUCUUAUGCAUAAUUUUCCAAGGACUUAAGGCAUCUCAUUUUAAACGAGCUUUUUUUUUUGUCUCUGCUACCUUGCUGCCUUAUGCCUCAAACACUAAACAAUCCUUUUUUUUUCUUUCAAGACAAAAGGUUUAGAGCGAGGAUAUGUUACACUUAUGAAACAGGAAUUGUUGAUGGUGCAUCUGACGUUCGGUAACAAGGGACUGUUGAGCUUCGAAAAGAAUCUUCAAAAAAAAAAAGGACUGCUUGGUAAUACUCAUUUUCAUUAAAACAAAAAAUUGAAAUGA